UCCGCACUCUGCUCCGCAAACGCUAUCCUAAUAUUUUUUACUCUGUAUUCGUAAUGCCGUCCGCUCGCCCCCAGCACAAGCUGUAUCCGAUCGAGCCCAAUGCGAUUGAGCUGAUGUUUGGCGGUCUCGCGGCCUCCUACGCCCUCAUGACGCCCACCAAGGACCUGAACGUCUACGACCACACAACAAAGUACCUGAUGAUGUCCAGUCUGGUGAUGUUUAUGUACUACGCGAUUCUGGUCGCUGUCGACAUCUACUGCUUCAAAGUGCCGGAGGGCCGGACUCGCGGCAAAUCAAUCGGGUACCGAGCCACACGCGUUCUUUCCAUGACCUUUGGAACGCUGGUGGGUGCCGUGGUCCUGGCAGGCAUCUACGUUUUGUUUGGCGCUCCCUUGCAGACGCAGCAGAAUGAGACACUAGCUGCGGCUCUGGAUGUGUCGCUGCUGGCCAUUACGCCGGCGGUGGUGACUCUGAAGAGUGAUCUGAGUGCGUGGCGCCGGGCGCUGCUGUCGUUCGAAGAAAAGUCCCUGCCGGAGCAGUGGGCAGCGGGGUUCUUUUGGUCCUCGAUGGUGACGAGCUGGGCUGCGGCUUACUUUGUGCCCAUGGACUGGGACCGGCCGUGGCAGCGGUGGCCGAUCCCCAUCGUCGGCGGUGCCUACGUCGGCUACUUGAUUGGCUUGCUGUAUGUGCUGGUUCGGUGCUUUGUACUCCCGAUUGCCAGGGCUGAUUUCAAGGCCACGGAGGAGGAGAAGCUCAAGAUUAUCCGGGAGAUGGCUGCGCGCGACCAGCAAAAGAAGAAGGAGUAGGUUUUAUUUUAAAGAUAAAAGAUUGUGAAAAUGCUUGUUAGAUGGCAAACUUGGCAUGUCCAAAUGAAAUCGGCACUGC